AUGGCAGACCGGAAAUCUGCCUAUGGGGCACCUGCCUCCGAUACCGAUUUCCGAAGAACCUGGGACAAGGAAGAAUACGCAGCCAAGGGCAAGAAAGAGGCAGAGGAACGAAAAGAAGAAGCCAAAGCCCGAUACGAAGCAAAACUCGAGGGCAAGAAAUGGCACAAGCCCGUCGAUUUCUCCGCCUUGGACUCGACCUCUGCCCGUGGGUCGCGACUAGAUGUGGCAUCCAUGGUCGGCAAGAGCACCUUGGUACCUGCAGGCUCCGGCGUGGGGAAGCGAGGCCGAGGCGCUGGCUUCUACUGCGAGGCUUGCGACCUCACCUACAAAGACAACGUACAAUAUAUUGAGCAUCUCAACUCGAAGCAACAUCUCAUCAACACGGGACAAUCCGGUGAGGUCAAGAGAGCGACGUUACAGGAUGUGAGGGAAAGACUCGAGAUGCUCAAGGCCCGAAAGAGAGCGCAGGAGGAAGAGGACAAGAGACUCGGCGAGGUGGAUAUCCAGGCUCGGAUUCAAAAGGCCGAGGAAAUCGAUGCUGCGGAGCGUGAAGAGAAGCGGAGGAAACGAAAUGAGAAGCGGAGGAAGGGUAAUAACGGCGACAACGGGAUCAAGAAGGAAGAUGAAUGGGAAGGUCGCUUGGGUAUCAUCACCUAA